ACAGUACUAGAGUGUGAACCAGAUUAUUGGGCUUACUUCUCAAUUUUAUCAAUUUUAAAAAGGUUAGGUUACCCAAUGAUUAGAUCACUUUGGUACCAUGACCCUAAUUUAGUAGAUGACCUUAUUAGAUUAAGGUCUGACAUUGGGUGUAGGAGGAUGAUGUAUAUGUAUGGUAGGGUGCAUCUGUUUGUUGAACAUACAGUAGGGGAACAACCUGUAAUGGGAGAACUCAAUCCUUUGAUUGAGUAUCCUAUACAGAACGUGGGAGCAAAUGUUGGAGGGAAUGGUGGAGUUCAUGUGGAGGAGAUUUUUGAGGAGGUAGGUAAUGAGGGAAAUGUUGGGAAUGAGGGAAACUUAGGAGUUUAUGUGGAAGAGAUUUUUGAAGAGGGGGCUAAUGAGGGAAAUGGUGGAAUUAAUGUGGGAGAAUACUUUGAGGAGGAGGAAGUUAAUGUGGGAGGUGAUGAUGUAGAAGAGGUAAAUGAGGGAAAUGUAGUGGAAGGUGAUAUGGACUGUGGGGCCAAUGAUUAUGGGAAUAUGGGGCCCACUCUUGUGGAUGAUAGAGGGAAUCUGAUGCAGAAUAUGGGGGACACCGUGGUAGAAGAAAGUGAACAUGUGGGGCCCACUGUAGAUGGUGAGGGAAUAUUUAAUGGGCCAACAACUUUAAACAUGGGGAGUAAUGAAGUUGGGCCUUCUGGUGUAGUAAAUGAUUAUGGGCGUACUCAGUUUGGGGUACAUGAAGAAUAUAGGGAUGAGUAUGUGGAUGAGUUAGGUGAGCAAAGGGAAGACAGUGCACUAGAUACAGAUUUUUGGGACUCAGAAGAGGAGGUAGCUAAAGAAGAUGGCUUUGGUGAUGCUGUAGCACAAGAGGAAAGAGUGUUUGAUGAUAGGAUCUUUGAACCUGAACCAAAAACAGUUGCAGAUGAUAGGGUUGAAAGGGAAGUUGCUGAGCAAUGUUCUUCUGGUGUAGCUGAAGCAGAGCAAGGCACAAGACAAGCUAGUGAGAGUAGGUCAAAGGAAAAAGGUAAAGAGGCCAGUGGAAGUAAGCCUAAGAAGAAGAGAGGAAGACCACCAAAGCAACAAAAAAAAGUAAGUGAGACUGUUUUUAAAGAUCAUCUGAUAGUUCAGGGGAAUAACACAACUGAAGAAGGUGGACCAUUUGGUAUAUUGAGGGAUGGAGGUUUGAGUGAUGUUGAAGAGUAUAAUAGUGAUGAAUUAGACAGUGAGUGUGAAUCUGAAGAUGGAGAUGAGGGUCCUAGGGUUAAAUUCUCAACUUUUAAGUUGCUUGAUAACAUGAGAGAUUACAAAUGGGAGGUUGGAACAUACUUUGUUUCUAAGAAGGCAUUUCAAAAAGCAAUAAGAACAUAUGCCGUUCAUUAUGGAAGGAACCUUAAAUUCAGGAAAAAUGAUAAGAAGAGGGUGAGAAUGAUCUGUAAGGGCUCAAAGGGUAGCUGCAUUUUUGAGGCAUUUUGUGCUAAGAUUCCUAAAGAAGAAACUUGGCAAUUGAGAAAGAUCCAAAGGCUACACAGUUGCAGUAGAGUGUUUAAGGUUAAGAUGUUGAAUUCAGAUUGGUUGGGGAGUAAACUUAAUAGUAGAGUAAGAGAAGAGCCUGGUUUGAAGCUGACUACUAUUGUGAACAGAACUAUUGAGAAAUGGGGAUUGAAGAUAAACUUGAACAAGGCUUACAGAGCUAGAGGAAAAGAAAUUGAUAUGGUGGAUGGGUCAUUCAGGGAUCAGUAUACUAGGAUCUAUGAUUACACACAUGAGUUGAUGAGGUCAAAUCCUGAUUCUACUGUGAAGGUUAGUACUAUGCCAUAUCAAGGUACUGAAGAAGAUCUUGAGAGGCCUGGAGCAAACUUAUGUCCCCAUUUCCGAAGGAUGUAUAUUUGUUUGAAAGCCUGCAAAGAUAGUUUUUUUAAGUGUAGGAGUAUUAUUGGGUUAGAUGGGUGCUUCUUGAAGGGUUACUAUGGUGGGCAGUUGCUAGCUGCAAUUGGAAGGGACCCAAAUGACCAGAUGCUUCCAAUAGCAUUUGUUGUGGUUGAAGGUGAAACAAAGGAAUCAUGGAAGUGGUUUUUGGAACUCUUGAUUGGUGACUUAGGUGGACCCAGAUUAUGCAAGACUUACACCUUCAUUAGUGAUCAACAAAAGGGAUUGUUGCCUGCUAUGGAUGAACUACUUCCAGAUGUAGACCAAAGAUUUUGUGUGAGACACCUUUAUAAUAACUUCAGAAAGAGGUUUCCUGGAAAGAAGUUGAAGGAAUUAAUGUGGAGGGCAGCAAAAUCAACUUAUGAGAAUGCAUUCCUUGAUGUAAUGAAAGAGAUCAAGGAGAUUAGUGAGCCUGCAUAUGAUUACCUUAUGCUAAUUCCAACUAAGCAUUGGAGUAAGUGGAAGUUCUCAGGUGAUUCAAAGUGUGAUACUCUAGUCAACAAUAUGUCAGAAGCUUUCAACUCAACCAUUGUCAUUCCUAGACAAAAGCCAAUUGUUACCAUGUGUGAAGAUAUUCGUGUGUAUUUGAUAGAGAAGUGGGAAACAAAUAGGAAUAAAAUUACAAGGUAUGAAGAUGAUGUGCUCCCCAACAUAAAGAAGAGGCUUGCUAGAGAAUCUGCCUAUACUAAUGUCUGGCUGGUUAGGCGCAGCACUGAGUUUGAUUAUGAAGUGACACAUUUGAAUACAACUUGUUACAAGUACCAUGUCAAUCUCCAAAGGUGGGAAUGUGACUGUAGGAAAUGGUUAUUGAUAGGGUUGCCCUGCUGUCAUGCCAUCUCCUGCAUGAGGAACCAAGACCUCAAUGUCUAUGAUUUUGUUCCUGACAUUUACAAGAAGGAGAGGUAUGCAGCUUGCUAUGCUCCAAUCAUCUACCCUGCUAACGGACAGGCCUUAUGGCGCAGAACUGAGUAUAAUGAUCUCCAGCCACCUCCUAUCAGAAGGCAACCUGGUAGGCCAAAGAAAAAAAGGAACAAAGAAGCAGGUGAAUUGUUGAAUGAUGAUGGUCAACUUAGGAGGGCUAGAUGGGGAAUCAAAUGUAGCAGAUGCAAGCAGAGUGGACAUAAUAAGUCCACUUGCAAGCUCCCACUACCUCCUCCACCACCUCCAUCUGAGAACUCAUCAAACCCUACAUCUACUCAAGGUCCAAGUGCUCCACUAACUACUCAAACUCCACAAACUGCUCAAGCUCCUACUGCAGAAACUGCAGAAACUAAUCCAGCUCCUACUACUCAAAGGUCUACUAACACUCAAAGGAAUGUAACAACUCAAAGGACUGCUAGGACUCAAAGGACUGUUAACACUCAAAGGGAUUCUCAAACUGCACCCUCUGCUCAAGGUGCUGCUGCUACACAAGGUGCUGGUACACAAGCUGCACAAGCUGGAACUGGAGGUGGAAAACAAAGGAAGAGGAAGCAAAAAAAGAGACUAUCUACAUCACAACCAGAAGGUUCAAAUGGGAAGAAAAGGAAAACUUCUGUUAGAGUUGAGGGUUCUGUGUCAACCCAACAGUAG